AUGUCCUAUUUCAAAAAAUAUACAAUCACGAAAAGUGAGAAAACUAAUAUUUGGAGUGCAUUCAAACCUUUGUAUUUUAUAUUAACUUUAUUUGGAUUAUUACCGUAUUCGCUCAAGUUUCCAAAGGGUAGCGGAGGCGCUAUAAUAAUCCAUAAAUCUAUUUACUUUAACUCACUCUGUUCGGUCUCAAUGGUUUUAAUCCUUUACUCCUUUUUCGUUAUCCACACGCAGCAAGUGUUCGCUUCAACCGAAAGCAACACGAUGACUGAAGUUCUAACGACCAAGUCGAACUACAUGUUGGAAAUGCUCACUUUCUUAUUAUUUACAACGAUCAGUUAUUUUUGCGCUUAUAAAAACAGAUUCACUUACGUGAAAAUAUUGAAUGCUAUAGUUUCAUCGAGCAACAAAUUCGUUGAUCACAAAAUUAUCCGACGAUUACAAGUGCAGGUGAAGAUAGUAAUUUUGUGUCUAAUUUUAUUAUUAUUUAUACAAAUAACGAUUAAUUACACAAGACAAGACACAGUAAGGAAAAUGAUGUUGGUGACUGCAAGCUUUAUUUUACCACAAAUGAUACAAUUUACUGUGAUCGGCUUCUAUUACGUGUUGGUUUUGAUGGUUGUUGGAGUGCUGAAGAGCAUUAAUGAGCAAAUGAAAAGUUUAUGUAACUGUAACAGGAUUAAUGCUGAAUUCAUAAAAGUAGAAAAGAUAAUUACUUUGAAUCAGAUAGAAGUUGUUUAUGUGAACAUGUUGGAGAUGAAACGAGAGAUAAAUAGAGCAUUUCAAGCAUCUAUUUUGGCCACUGCGAUCCAAUGUUUCCACUCAAUAGUGAGUGAAGCACACAUUCUCUACCACGGGCUGGUCGUAGAACAUAGUCUGACGACGCACGACGUAUGUAACUGCUCGAUUUGGAUUAUGUAUCAGUUAGUAAAGAUUUAUACUAUAUCGUGUUCAGGGAGUGUUUUGAAAGAGCAGUCGGCAAGAAUCGGACGUAGCUUGCAUAAUAUACUUCUAGGCAAACAUGACGCUAUAUUAUAUCUGGAAGUGCAACAUUUCUCUUCGAUGAUAUUCUACCAAAAUGCGGAGAUGACUCUUUACGAUUUCUUCCCGCUGGAUGCUACCUUCACUUUUAAUGUAGUUUCAGCAGCUGUUAUGUACAUAGUGAUACUUGUGCAAUUUGAUACGAACAAGAAGUCUUAA